CCCGGGCGCCCCUGUCAGACUGUGGCGGCCGGCGGCGCGGCGCGCUCUCCACGCCGGCAGCUCCGCGAGGCGGCUCGCGCGCGGCACACCCCCACGUCCCGGCCCGCGCGCCCCGCCCUGCGCUCGGCCCCGCGGCCGCCCGCGGCUCCAUGGCACACGCGCCGGCUUGCUGCCCCAGCCCGCGGGGCUCGGGGGAUGGCGACACGGGCAAGCCCAGGAAGGUGGCGCUCAUCACUGGCAUCACCGGCCAGGAUGGCUCGUACUUGGCCGAAUUCCUGCUGGAGAAAGGCUACGAGGUCCAUGGGAUUGUGCGGCGAUCCAGUUCCUUCAAUACAGGUCGGAUUGAGCACCUGUACAAGAACCCCCAGGCUCAUAUUGAAGGAAACAUGAAGUUGCACUAUGGUGACCUCACUGACAGUACCUGCCUUGUGAAGAUCAUUAAUGAAGUAAAACCCACAGAGAUCUAUAACCUCGGAGCCCAGAGCCACGUCAAAAUUUCCUUCGACUUAGCCGAGUACACCGCAGAUGUGGACGGGGUUGGCACGUUGCGGCUGCUGGAUGCCAUUAAGACCUGUGGCCUCAUCAACUCCGUGAAGUUCUACCAAGCUUCGACAAGCGAGCUGUACGGGAAAGUGCAAGAGAUACCGCAGAAGGAGACCACCCCGUUCUAUCCUCGGUCGCCCUACGGGGCAGCAAAACUCUAUGCUUAUUGGAUUGUGGUGAACUUCCGCGAAGCAUAUAAUCUCUUUGCAGUGAAUGGCAUUCUCUUCAAUCAUGAGAGCCCCAGAAGAGGAGCUAAUUUUGUUACUCGAAAAAUUAGCCGGUCGGUAGCUAAAAUUUACCUUGGACAACUGGAAUGUUUCAGUUUGGGAAAUCUGGAUGCCAAACGAGAUUGGGGCCAUGCCAAGGACUAUGUGGAGGCUAUGUGGCUGAUGUUGCAGAAUGAUGAGCCAGAGGACUUUGUCAUAGCCACCGGGGAAGUCCACAGUGUCCGCGAGUUCGUGGAGAAGUCGUUUAUGCACAUUGGGAAAACCAUCGUGUGGGAAGGAAAGAAUGAAAAUGAAGUGGGCAGAUGUAAAGAAACCGGCAAAGUUCACGUGACUGUGGAUCUCAAAUACUACCGACCUACUGAAGUGGACUUUCUGCAGGGAGACUGCACCAAAGCGAAACAGAAGCUGAACUGGAAGCCCCGCGUCGCUUUUGAUGAGCUGGUGAAGGAGAUGGUGUACGCCGACGUGGAGCUCAUGCGGACCAACCCCAACGCCUGAGCGCGGCCGCGGAGCGCAGCGCCGCCCCGCCCAGGCCCGCGGACCCCCGCGUGCGGGCGGCGGGUGCCGGCGGCCAGGGUGGUGGUGCAGAACCCCGCGGGCUCCCGGCGCCCCUCCCCGCCCCUGCGCUGCCCCCACGGGCUGGGGCGGGGACCUCGAGAUUUGUAGCAGCCGGGAAAUGCCACUCCAGGGGUUGGGGACCUGCUUGGCCUUUGUCGAAGCUUCUGGGUUGGGUCUUGGGUAAUCGGAGACGUUUGAAUCACAUUCACGUUACUUGAAAUUAUGUCGCCAGACACCUCAAAUUGUGGGGCCUUCGAAUUGUUUUUCCUCUUUCCUUAAUAAAAAAUGGCCUUUCUACGAACCAGCA